AUAGUUGGAAAGAGUAAAAGACCUAAGAUGGAUAAAAAUGACUCAGAGUCAAAGUUUGAUGGGGAAGGUUCCUAGUGAUACUGCUGUGAGUUUAACGGUAAACGAUCUCCAGCUUAGAUUUCUGGAAUCAUCCUCCUCCUUCAAUAUCCAUGAAAUGCCUCUGGUUCAGUUUAUUGGGAGAGAUCUGUUCAUUAAAGUUACUCAUAGAGCUCUUGGUGGGGCUAUUGCUGUUUCAUCCACUUUGUUUUGGGAGAGGAUUGAGGUGGACUGUCUAGACAAUGGGGGAAACCUGGUAAAUGAGAAUCGAACAAUGUUAGAUUCAGUUGAAAAUGGUUCUCUUGUCACUUUGAAUGGAUAUCCUCCCCUUAAAGCUGUCUUUUGGGUUGAUAACAAAAAGAAGCAUCAAUCAAAUGGAAAAGCUUUUGUGAUUCCUUUUCUCGACAUAAGCAUUGUACAUGUCAUUCCCUUCAACGAACAGGACAAAGAGUGUCAUAGUUUAAUGGUGUCAGCUAGUAUUUCAGGUGUUCGCUUAGGUGGAGGAAUGAAUUAUACGGAGGCCUUGCUGCAUCAAUUUGGAAUUCUUAGGCCUGAUGGUGGUCCUGGUGAGGAACUCUCCAAAGGGUUGGAAAAUAUAUCAGCUGGGCCACUGGCUAAACUUUUGAAGCCAUCUGCUCUCAUCAAUGGCUAAACUUUUGAAAUCAAAUAAAAUAAGUCUCAAACA